AGCCCAGUCUUCAGUUCGAUUCGAAGCGCGUCUUAGUACGGUUGUUGCCGCCGGUCGCCCCGAUCAUCGUUUGGCCAAGUGAAUGUCUUUCAAUUGUAACCAAAACAAUAUCGUCCAGUGGGUGAUAUGUAAAAGAAACCCGUCUGACCCGUCCAGCCAAAAAAAGUUAAAAACAAUUUCUCGCUCUUUACUAAAUUUGCCAGCAAAAGCCAACAAUAAAAAUAAAAAUCAAAUACAAAAAACAAAAAACAAAAUGCAAAUACUGGACAACAAAUAAUUUAAUGAUAAUUUACAAAACGCCCGGGGCAUAAAACAAAAGAAACAACAAGUUUAAUAACUAACCAGUCAAAUUGCAAAAUUACAAACUAAAAACAACAAAUUUUGGAUACGACUUUUUUUUGGAGGAGUAACGAAAAUGUCUCGGUCGACGUCGCAGUCGGCGUCGCUGUUACUCGGCCGCAGCUUCUUUUUCUUCGUCACCAUCUGCGGCUGCUUGGCACAAGAUACUUCCAGCUACUAUUUCCCAUCACAAAAUCGAUUUGUGCCAUCAUCUGGUUCCUUUCCGCGCCAGCAGCCGCAAUCGUUGAGUGGUUUCCGUGCCAGUUCCGGCGGAUUUGCACCAUCACCGGGCUCCUACCAGGAACAGCUCCUGUUCAUAGCCAACGAAAAUGCCAAACAAUCACCAGCGGCCAGUUCGCAAUUCGGAACUCAAUACCUCGGCGGCAGUUCCCAGUUUGCGAAACCGAGUCGCCAGACGGACUAUUACGAUAUCUCGCCACGCCCCUUUGGAGUGCCAGCAGGGGCGGGGCCAGCGGCAUCGACGGGAGGGGUAUCUGGUGCAACGUCCGCAUCGGUGACCAACGGCUUCACACGCUCCAAGGCAAUACGGAAUGGAUCGGGAAAUAGUCUGAACGGUGGAUUCCAGCCGCAGACGCAGCGCAUCAAUGUGCCCCACCAGCAGACGCAGUUUCUGGCCCACUUCAGCGAAUCUGGGAACGAAAAGCGUCCGGUGACUAGCAGCCGUCCAUUUGGCAAUGGUGGAUUCUCACCCACCCGAACUCGUACUCAGGCCCCAGUUUCGGCUCUUCCGGAAAAUCCAGCCACUCCGGCAGCCACACCUUUCAGACCCCGCAAUCGCUAUCAGCCUGGCAGCUCCACUGCACCCAGCACAACCACAACUUCAAGCAGUGCUGAGGUCAGCAGCAAAAGGUACAAUCGAUUUGGCAGCAACCGGGCUAAGUCCACUAGCACCACCACUUCAACCACCCAAAACACGCCCUCGGAUCGUCCCAGUUUUGGCCGAAAGUCACCGAAUCCCAGGCGACCAGUCUUCAUCAGUCGCGAAGUCAACGAACCAGUGAGUGUGGUCAGCAAGAGACCCUUCAACUACAGUGCAGCUAGGCUAAAACUACCAGCCAGACCCACCGCCCGCACUACCAGUACCACCGAAAGCGCUGAAGAAGAGGAGGAGGAUGCCCUCGAUGAGGAGCAGGAAGAUGAGGAGAGCAGCGAUGAGCAGUAUGAACAGGAGUCCGACGAAGGUACGGAAGAACACUCAGAGUCAUCCAGCUUAGAGAAGCUGCCACUUCAGGAGGAAAGCGUUACCCCAGUGACAGUGGCCAAGAACGAAGCAUCCUUGCCUGUAGAGCCCUCUGAACUCACUACCAUUUCCGAAAUUGAUCACGAAAGCAGCACCAGUAGCACCGAGGAAAGUCAAACAGAUGUUUCCGAAGUGACUAACGAUGAGAUUGAGAUCACCACGUUACCACCAGUUCAUGAGGAGGAGAUUGUAGAAGAAGCCACUACUAUUAUUCCACAGGAGAACCAAUCCACCGAGGAUGUCCAUGUAGAAGAGCAAACUACUACCACUGAAUCGCCAGUGGAAAGUACCUCCAAGCAGGACGAAAUGGAGAUUAAAAAGGUUGAGGAGAUCUUGUCAACACAGGAGGAAACGAAAACAUCUAAGCAGGAGGAGCACAGCACAUCAAAAUCAGAAAACCAAAGCGUAAACAAGCCGGAGGAGCAAUCCGAGUCUCAAUACGAUGAUGAGGGCGAGGGUGAGGAUUACGAAUACGAUGAUGAAGAAGGUAGUGAAGACUCAACCAGCGAAGUGGAAAGUCAGGACUCUAAGCCGUCAACUCCCAGUGCCGAGCAUGAAGAAGAUCGCGAAAUCAUAUCGGUGGUAACCACAAAGAGUGUCGUCAAUGGAUCCACAGUGGUCCCAGCCCCAGUAACUCCCAGUUCCAACUUUAUUACUCUCGAAGAGGAAGAGGAGGCUUCACAUGCUGAUCUGAAAUUGGAAACCACCACCCCCAUAGCCCAAGAAGAGGAGAAGGGCACAAAUACGACUGAGAACUACGUUGUUGUGGCCUCCAUCCAACCCAGUCGUAGCAUCAAUGGAGCAAGGUUCCUGCCAUUCCCAGCCAUCGAGCAAGAGGAGACCAAGCAGACACUCUCUGAACUGGAGAGGAAGGUACAUUCGAAGCAGCAGCAGACCCCAACUCAGAAACAAUCGGAAGGCAGUGAAGAGGUGCAAACCAGCUCAUCCAUUCAACCCCCAGUGGCUGCCUCCACGGAGAGCAUCAUCGAUAAGUUGGACCGCGUGCAAUCGGAGCUCUCCAGUGGCUUACUCUCUGGCAAGUACCCUAUCAUCAGCCAGAUGGAUUCUUCCACGCCAGCAACUAGUACUACCGCUGGAACAGGGCCCGGAAAAUUUGUGCCUCACAUCAGGAAGUACCAGCCCAGGACCACGUCAACUGCUCCCAGAACCACCAGCAGUGGCAGUAAAGUUAAGGUUCAGCACUUUGAUGAUGGAGAAAUGGAUGAACUUGCAACUCUCCUACCUGUGGGCUUUAAACCAAGACCUAGCUACAAAAAUCGUAAGAUCACGACAACAACUUCCACAACGGAAGCACCACCAGCUGAGGUAUCAAAACCAAAACCAGGCCGCAACUCCACCAUAAGUCGAUCCUUCAAGAGUGGUCAAGUGACCGUGCAGGAUGUGGCAUUGGCUGGACUACUUCCCAAGGGUUAUAAACCACCUAAGACAACCACUACGACGACUACCACUGAAAAUCCCGAUGAGAGCAGUCCAAAUCCUUCCUCCGGCUUGGAGAGCCUCUUUAGCGAAAUACAGUUUGAUGAAAAGUUGGCUUCGCUGCUGCCCAAGGACUACAAAUUGAGCAGUACCCCUAAGCCUCAGGCAAAUACUACCACUCACACUCCUUCGACCACUGCCAGAAAUCUUCCAGUUGCCGUACCUUUCGAUGAUUUGAGCACGUUCCAGUUGCCUCCUGGUUACAAGGCUCCUGAGCCAAAAGUGGAACCCAAGCUGCCUCCAGGAGUGACUCCGAUUAAGAUAGACAGCUUGAAAGACCUGCUACCUCCUGGAUUUAAACUAAAUGAAACGGAGAGCGAUACUAGUGAUGAGAUUCCAGCCUCCUUGCUACCACCUGGCUACAAGUCCAAGAAACUGCAUCCGGCCUCCACCACGACCACCACCACAACAACAACGAAUAAGCCAAAGAUGAUUUCAUCCAGCACCACGGAAGCAGCUGUUACGGAAAGUGCUGGUGGAAGUGGCUUGAAGGUGGUAUUCCCGAAGGGCUUCCACAAAAGAGUCGGUUCCCACCGUCUAACAACACCGCAUCCCUCUGCAGAAGGCGGACCUACCGAAUCCUCAAAUCCCCUACAGGUGAUGAUCAAAAAGGGUCCACCAACUAGAGCAACCACCGAGUUCACAGGUUGGCCAACUCCACCAACUACGCCGCUGUCCAUAGACAAGCUGAAUGCCCAAACCAUUAACUUUGAGGAUCUUCUUACCGCCAGUGGUACCAGUACUACCACAAGCAGCACCACCACUACGACAAGCACAACCACAACGACUACUCCACGACCCACCAAACCGGGGCACUGCACCGCCGACUGUGAUCUAGCGGCAACCAUCAAGAUCAUCGAUGGUGUCGCCUGGAAACCGGAGCUACUGGAUCACAAUACUCUAGAGUGGAAGAAUCUAGCCCAUGAACUGGAGGCACAGCUUAAUGAAGUUUACUCCGGAGCACCUCAGCUGAACAAGUGGUACAAGAAGGUUCGUAUAGAUAGCUUCAGCAAGGGCAGCGUACUGGUCGACUAUUAUGUGGAGCUGGCCAACAUUACCGAGGAUGUGGAUACCCUGGAAAUCCGACAGCUGUUCCAUGAUGCGCUUACAAAGCCAACCACACCCGUUUUGCCCGACAAGGAUGCCCAGGAGAAUGAGACCGAUAGCGUAUCGGGACCACAGGAAGAACAGCUAGUCACGGCCAGCUAUCAAAUGGGCAAAUACAUCAUUGAUCCUGUGGCCACAGAUUUUAGUGUCAUAGCCAAAAAUGUUCACACUAAUGUGGAGUUCGCUGAAGAGGAUCUGCUCAUUCCCCAAUGGGCUAUUGUGGUGAUUGUGAUUGGAGUUGGUUCCCUGGUGUUUGUUGUCAUCUUUGGAGUUACAGUGUUGCUAAAUCGUCAGAAGAGGGCUAAGAAGACACCAAUUCCUCUUACGAAUGAUAUGUUAAACGAGCUGAAGGUCAACCAUAUGGGUGGUGCAGACAACUAUGGCGUAGAUGAUUUCUAUAACAUUGACGAUCCCUGGAAUGAUACUAAGCAACCUAUAAAGCCGAAGCGCUUUACCAACUCGAUGCACGGCAGCAAUAGUUCCAAUAUCUACGACAGCUGGCGAUCCACCCGCCAUCCACACACCAGCGGGGAUUACUUCUACGACCAACAGCCAACCUAUUCGCAGAAGGGUGAUUCUCUGAAGAGGCCACAGCUUCACCAUGGAAACCACAGUAGCCACAGUCAGUAUCCCGCCCACCACCACCAGGCCUCACAGCAGCACCAGCAGGCUUACGGUCACCAGUAUCCGGAUGCCUUCGCCGAUGCCCACCAGAUGUAUAGCUACAACAAUCAUGCGAGUCGGACGCGUUAUUCUCGCGAUUAUGAUCCCGAUUUUUGAGCGGGCUCUCCUGACUGGACUGGACUGGAACAUCCAUCCGUGCACUAGCUUUAGUAAUUUGCGAACGAUUUUGAGUUGUAACUUAAUAGCGUAAAGAAUCGUAGUUGUAAUGCUGCUCUAUAAUUUAUCGUACUGCCUGCUGGCUUGGCUCAAAAGUCGCCAACUUUUCAGUACCCAUAGCCAGCCGUAGCUAAACUAAGUUAAGCAAUAAACUUUUGUAUACUUAAGGGAGCUGCUAUAUAUGGAUGCCUUAAACACCCACUUAAUAUACGUAUAAAGGAAAUGUUUCUUAAUAGAACUUUGGGGCAUGCCCCGGAAAAUAAAUAGUCAUGCACUCUUAGUUAAUUCUAGGUCGUAUGUAAAACUAGAUACACUACAAUAUAUACUUUGUAUUAUUUAAAGUACUGGCGGCUUGCUAUAAUACUAAUGAUGACUAAUUUUAGACAAAAAUAAAAAAAUAUAUAUACGUA